UGACGGGGGUUCUAGUCAGUGAAGACCCGCCUUCCAGCCUCUGGUGCGCCGGGUGGUGCGUCUCUGUGCUGGUGUCCGCUUCUAUCCCUUAUUCCACUGGGCAAGAGGUACGGGAGGGAGAGAAAGACAGCGAGCGAGAGAAAGCUGGACACGAGAGAAGAAGAGAAAACAAUUAAAAGAUAAAACAUAAGAGAGGAGAAACCAGCACAAUGGCAAAAAUGGCACUCUUGGCGGGGAUUUUGUUCACGGUUGCCUUUCUUGUUUCUGGGAUUUCUCCACUUGUUUCCCCGUCUAGGACAUACCCGCCUAAUGAAGUCACGUUAUUGGACUCCAGAGCAGCACAGGGGGAGCUAGGAUGGGUCGCCAAUCCAACAGAUGGAGGGUGGGAGGAGGUGAGCAUCAUGGAUGAGAAGAACAUUCCCAUUCGGACGUACCAGGUGUGCAAUGUCAUGGAGCCAAACCAGAACAACUGGCUCCGCACUGACUGGAUUUCUCGUGGAGGCGCCCAGCGCGUCUACAUCGAGAUCAAGUUCACCCUACGAGACUGCAACAGCCUUCCUGGGCUUAUGGGAACUUGCAAGGAAACCUUCAAUCUGUACUACUAUGAGUCCAACAACGACAAAGAGCGCUACAUUCGUGAAAACCAGUUUGCCAAAAUUGAUACGAUCGCCGCUGAUGAGAGUUUCACUCAGGUGGACAUCGGCGACCGCAUCAUGAAGCUCAAUACAGAGGUGCGCGAUGUAGGUGCCCUGACGCGCAAGGGCUUCUAUUUGGCCUUCCAGGAUGUCGGAGCCUGCAUUGCACUGGUGUCAGUCAGGGUCUUCUACAAGAAAUGUCCAUUGGCGGUGCGUAACUUGGCCCAGUUUCCUGAUACAAUCACUGGAGCCGAUACCUCCUCGCUGGUGGAGGUUCGCGGAUCCUGCGUGGAUAAUUCAGAGGAGAAAGAGAUCCCAAAAAUGUACUGCGGAGCCGAUGGAGAGUGGUUGGUGCCCAUUGGAAACUGUCUAUGCAACCCUGGGUACGAGGAGCGAAAUGCAGACUGCCAAGCCUGCAAGAUUGGUUACUACCGUGCCUUGGCGACUGAUGGUGCCUGUUCCAAGUGUCCACUCCACAGCUACUCUGUCAGGGAGGGCUCCACAUCCUGCGCCUGCGACAAGGGAUAUUUCCGCUCCGAAACAGACCCGGCAUCCAUGCCCUGCACCCGGCCUCCGACAGCGCCUCUCCACCUCAUUUCCAACGUGAACGAGACUUCUGUCAACCUUGAAUGGAGUACGCCAAGGAACGCAGGAGGACGGCAGGAUCUGACCUACAACGUAGUGUGUAAACGCUGUGGGCCCGAUGGGCGACACUGUCAACCUUGCGGCAAUGCGAUCCACUUCAGCCCCCAGCAGCUGAGUCUGAAGGGAACAAGAGUGUCCAUCAACGAACUGCAGGCCCAUACCAACUACACGUUCGAAGUGUGGGCGGUAAAUGGCGUCUCGCCACAGAGCCCCGGGCCAGAACAGGCAGUGUCCGUGACCGUCACCACCAACCAAGCCGCUCCCUCCCCGGUAACAUCUGUCCAAGCGAAGAACAUCACAAGACACACCAUCUCGCUGGUGUGGCAACCUCCAGAACGAGCCAAUGGGGUGAUCCUUGAGUACGAGGUCAAGUACUACGAAAAGGACCAAAAUGAAAAAAGCUACAGGAUCAUCAAAACCUCAUCCAGAAACGCAGACAUCAAGGGCCUCACGCCCCUCACCUCUUAUGUGUUCCACGUGCGUGCACGCACAGCGGCCGGCUACGGUGAAUGCAGUGGCCCCUUUGAGUUCAUGACAAACUCCACGCCAGCUCCCAUAAUUGGUGAUGGAACAAACUCGACAGUGUUACUGGUGUCUGUGGUCGGCAGCGUGGUGCUCCUUCUUCUCCUCAUCAGCGCAUUUGUCAUCAGCCGAAGAAGGAGUAAGUACAGCAAAGCCAAGCAGGAGUCAGAUGAAGAGAAGCAUUUACAUCAAGGAGUGAGAACAUACGUUGACCCCUUUACCUAUGAAGACCCAAACCAAGCUGUACGCGAGUUUGCCAAAGAGAUUGAUGCAUCCUGUAUCAAGAUUGAGAAAGUAAUUGGUGUCGGGGAGUUUGGUGAGGUCUGCAGUGGCCGUUUGAAAAUGCCCGGCAAGAGAGAGAUCUGUGUGGCCAUAAAGACGCUAAAGGCCGGAUACACCGACCAGCAAAGGAGGGACUUCUUGGCUGAGGCCAGCAUUAUGGGCCAAUUUGACCAUCCCAACAUCAUCCACCUGGAAGGUGUAGUCACUAAAUGUAAGCCAGUGAUGAUUAUCACAGAGUACAUGGAAAACAGAUCGCUGGAUGCAUUCCUGAGGAAGAAUGACGGCCACUUCACUGUGAUCCAGCUUGUCGGCAUCCUACGUGGUAUCGCAUCAGGCAUGAAGUACCUGUCAGACAUGAGCUACGUCCACCGUGAUCUUGCAGCUCGCAACAUCCUGGUCAACUGCAACUUGGUUUGCAAAGUGUCCGACUUUGGCAUGUCUCGUGUGCUGGAGGACGACCCUGAGGCUGCAUACACUACCAGGGGAGGGAAGAUCCCUAUCCGCUGGACGGCUCCUGAGGCCAUCGCUUACAGGAAGUUCACUUCAUCCAGUGAUGUGUGGAGCUACGGCAUCGUCAUGUGGGAGGUGAUGUCAUAUGGCGAGCGGCCAUAUUGGGACAUGAGUAACCAAGAUGUCAUCAAAGCCAUUGACGAGGGUUAUCGGCUGCCCCCACCAAUGGACUGUCCCGUGGCUCUCCACCAGCUCAUGCUGGACUGCUGGCAGAGAGAGAGGGCAGAGCGACCAAAGUUUGGCCAGAUUGUCAACAUGUUGGAUAAGCUGAUUCGAAACCCCAACAGUUUGAAGAGAACUGGUGGAAACGGUGCGCUCAGGCCUACCACCACCCUGCUGGAGCCCGGCAGCCCUGAGGGGUCCUCAGCCGUGGGCACAGUAGAGGACUGGCUUCAGGCCAUUGGCAUGGAGAGAUACAUCGACAACUUUACAGCCGCCAGCUACACGGCUCCAGAGGCGGUGAUCCACAUGACGCAAGAGGACCUGACUCGCAUUGGAAUCUCCUCAGCAACACAUCAGAGCAAGAUCCUGACAAGUGUCCAGGGAAUGCUCUCCCAGAUGCAACAGAUGCAAGGCAGAAUGGUUCCUGUCUGAGAGAUUCGAAAUGGAGAAUGAAAAGGGUGCGAAAGGACUUCAUUUCCAAUGAAGAAAAAAAAAGAAAAAAAACACUACGUUUGAUAAGAGACAAACUAUGAAGAAAUAGUUUACCUCAUCUGUGCACUUUAAAUUUGGUCUGAAAGAAAAAAAGAAGCAAAAAGUGGGGACAAUAGCACUUUUUCAGAAAUUCAGACCUUUAUUCAGCUUUUUUUUUUUUUUUGGGCGGGGGUGUUAUUUUGGAGAAAAAAAGGCAUUUGUGGAUCGAUGGAGGCUGGAAGUGCUUCCAAGAGGCCAAUCUGGAGUGCCUUUAUUGGAUGGAAAAGACAAGCAAGACAGAUGGGAAACCUUUUGUGUUAUUUUGAGAACUUUCUUUGUGAAAUGAUACGUAGACCAGAUCUUCCUUCUUGUGACUGUGUUUAUCAUUCAUGCAUUGCCACCGUGGGACUCGCAGGUUGCUGCAGCCGCCACUGUUCUGUCUCAGCUGAAUCUGUUUGAUAGCUCAUAUAUAAAUUUGAGGAUCUCAGCUGUCAGAGAAGUCCAGCUUUGGCUUUGUCAGAAAGAUGGUGGUGCGAGGGUGUUUAUGGUGAUACAUGUUCCUUUGGUUCUUUGGUCUAUCAUGGACUUUUUCUUUUUGUAGCAGUUCUUUGUCCCCCCCCCCCCUCCCCCUCAGGACAUUGCAGAGAAUGUUUUGUUUUUUUUUGUGGGGGGGGGGGGGGGGGGAUCUUCCAGAGCAAAUGGCCUGUCUUCCCAAAAAUGUUCUCCCUCCCCUCUGACAAACACACAGCCUGGAUCAUCUCAUGUAUCUCUGAGAAUCAGAGCGCUGGCGGCCGCCGCAUCUUGCUACAGGACUUCCUUACCGUUCCUCCCCAGUCUGUGGACAAUUGUUUCGCUGGAUUUAAUAAGGUUUAUUCACGCAGCAAGACAAAGGUCCAGAUGCCAGGAUUUAAUCAAAAGGAUGUAUGCAACAAACCCAAUACGGAUACGGAGUGAAUCACAAUCAUGAAACUCCACAGAGGAUUACUCAAGCUGUUAUCGAGCUGCUGUCGUCCGUCCUCAGGAUCCUGUCUCCACUCGCUAGCCCCAAAAUUCCUUUCCCUCCCCAUUGUCUGACUCCUCUUCCUAUGCGCUCCUCUUCUUACAGCAGUCUCUCCUGACACUGAGAUGACAUUUUUUCUUCCCACCCUGGACUUUGGAACAUCCAGCGCUGUACUGGAGUGAUUUGAAUGAUUACGAGCAUCGAAAAAGACUAUAUGAAGAAUGUAAUAUAAUCUAGAAAGUCUAGUGGAUGCUGGGCUGUUUGUUUUUAUUUUUGUUUCAAGAUUUAUUAUUGUUGUUUUCUUCUUUGCUUGCAUGUAAAAUAAGAGGAGUCUGGUUUGAAUGUGUGAAUGAAUGCGUAAGUGUGUGUGAUGUAUGGUUUACGUACUUGAGAAACACUAACCUUGUCCAUUCACUGGCCACUGUGAAGCCUGUGGGGAAAAAAAAACAACAACAACAACAUGCGUUUGCUUGCUAAAGAAAACCUGAUGAACAAUAUGUUGCUCCUGUCUAUGUGAGUCGGACUCGAGAACAGUUUUCCCGGAAAGCAACCUGUUUGCGCUUUGGAUACAGGAUCACCGCCAAGUGUGACUAAAAGCCUCUGACUUCAGUUUGGACUCGUCAAGCUUGUGGUAAUAAAACAGUCUCUGGAUAAGAGAAGGUCCCAUGCCAGUACACAACUAUGACAAAUAGGACAAGGUGACAAAGAAGGGAAGACUGCUAUUUUUCAGUUUGGGUUCCAGAACACAUAAUACAAAUAUUGGUAUAACCCAGCGGGCUUCGUUUGUUCUAUUCCUUUAUCUCUUGAAACUCUACUUAUGUGAAUGUUUUGAACUUAAAUAAGUAACACUUCACAAAAACACCUCCGUCCUUAAUACAGCGCUGUGGCUCUUUCUUCUUGGCGAUGUGUAACAUUUGGGUUUUAGUGAUUGAAAUAUAAGGACCUGCUUGGAAAUAUGCAAGACAUGUUGGGAAGCAAACUAGAAUGUACUGUAAAAGAUUUGUUUUUUCCCUUAUACUUCAAUGUCUGAUGAUUUGGAGAAAAAAAAUGAAAAAUGAACAAAAAUAACAGACCACAGAUGUUAAUGUGUAUACCUUCCAAUGCCAUUAGAUUUUGUCAUGUCGAAUCUAACAUUGACUUUUUUUUUCUCUAUUUUGAUGUGAUCAUAUUUUUGUUUAUUUUGUUUGUCAAGGAGACACAGUAUAGGUACAUGUAAGUUAUGACAUUUAUUUAUGUCCUUUUAUAUCUAGUUUGUAAAAUAAUAGCCUCAAGUGAACAAAAUAAAGGAGUGCCAAAGCGCACUUAAUACAGUAGAAACCAA